AUGAAGAAGGCAUUCAAGGCUGGUUGUAGGAGGGCAAUUGGGUUGGAUGGGUGUUUUUUAAAAGGUGUUAGUAAAGGGCAAAUGCUUGUGGCUGUUUGUAAAGGUGGGAACAACCAGAUGCUAGCACUGGCUUGGGCAGUGGUUGAAGUUGAGAAUGCUUUUACUUGGAGAUGGUUUGUCAACAUUCUAAGGCAUGAUCUUGAGCUUGGAGAUGGGACUGGUUUGACAACUCUUUCAGAUAUGCAAAAGGGUCUGGAUAUAGCCAUUAAGGAUCUGCCGCCAAAUGCAGAACAAAGAAUGUGUGCAAGACAUGUGCUUGCCAAUUUUUCCAAAAAAUGGAAAGGCAUAGAGAUUAGAAACUGCUUCUGGAGAUGUGCUAAGUCCACAUAUGAGCAGGAGUUGCAAAAAUAUUUGGAUAAUAUGGAGAAGUUAGGUGAUGGAAUAAAUGGAGAUUUGUUGUAUUACAACAUAGAUAGGUGGUCCAAGGUCUACUUUAAAUACCUCAGCUGUUGUGAUAGUGUUGACAACAACAUGGCCGAGAGUUUUAAUUCCUGGAUUUUAGGGCCAAGGCACAAGACCAUUAUCACAAUGCUUGAGGAAAUUAGAGUCAAAAUGAUGAGAAGGGUAAGACAACUAAGAGAGUUUUCUGAGACUUGGAUAACAAACAUCAGCCCAAUGGCUUUGAAGGUAUUGCAAGAGAACACAUCAAAGUCAAUGAAGUGUACUCUUGAAUGGAAUGGUGAAUAUGGCUUUGAGGUCAAGGACAGCUGGGGUAAUAAAUUCAUAGUAAAUCUGAACAGCAAUACCUGCACUUGUAGAUCUUGGAUGCUGAAAGGUAUUCCCUGCUGUCAUGCCAUAGCUGCACUUCAUUUCAGAAAAUUGGAACCUAUUCACUAUGUUGCACAUUGGUACAUUUAG